AUAAAAAAGGUUUAUUGGUGUGGAGAAUUGCGUCAGUAGAGUAACAUGGGAGCGUCGGACAAAGUAGUGGGCCUCGUGCUGCUGGCCGUCAGCGUCAUUGUCUACGUCUACUACAGCAUUUGGGUGCUGCUCACGCCUUUCAUUGAUGAAGAGCAUCCGAUUCAGCAAUUCUUCCUGCCGUACUACUACGCCAUCAGCAUCCCCGCUGUGCUGCUUGUGCUGCUCUUCAGCGGCGCUGCUACAUUUAUCGGCAUGGUCAUGAUCAAAAGUCAGAAGAAGAAGAAAAGCGACUAGAACUGACUGCUGGUACGAGGCUGCAGGAGGGGAAUCCAGACCAAUUGCAUAUGGUGCUGGUGGCAAGGAGAUCAAUUAGUAAAAUGAUCAGGAAUUUAGUCUCGUCGGCGGCUCCAAAUGCACGCGAUCUCUUCGUUAUUGAGUUCCCUUAGCAUGACGUUCUUUGCCAGAUGCAGUUGCAGUCUCAGUCAUCAAGUCAUCGUUUUAUCCUCCCAUGGACACAGCAAAAUGUACAGCUAACGCGCCAGUAAUCGCUGUGAAGCGCGCGUCUGGGGGCAGAAAGUCGCCGUCGAAGAUAAGAACUAGCUGCCAAAUUACUGGGCGGCACCCUCAGCAGGCGUCGACAACGUGCUCUGCGGCUGCGCCACCAUGUAGCCCAUGCCCUGGAUUUGGUUGUAGCUGAAUCCCUUGCUCACCAGCUCCUUCACCACCUCGUUCGUCUGCUCCUCACGCAGCAUCUGAAAAUGGCAAGGGUAGCAACACCAUCGUCACUUCAUCGUCACACCUCUAAAAACAGCAUUUGAUAAUGUUUGCAUCUGCGCACGCACCUCAAUGCUGAGGGGCACCAGGGUCACCAGCAGCGUCGUUGAGAGGACCCACAGCCAUCGGCCCGAGGUCUUCCAGCUCUGAAUCACCACAAUGAGAACAAGGAUUAACGUCAUCACGACUAAUUAUUGAGGAAUACGGAGCUCUGCAGCGUCAAAUACCUUCACAGCGAAGUUAAUUCCGCCCUUGACG